CUCCUGGUGGUUUUAGGCUUGGGCUCCUAUAAAAUGGGGCGAUUGCCCAGCUGGAAUUUCUCGAGUGACGAGAGAGCAAGAGAGGGAGAGCUUCGACCUGUUGCUUUUAGUUACAGAUCUGAGCUGGUGCAUGUACAUCUGUCCUCUCCUAGACCUCUCUCUUGUUCACUAUGGCUCCUACAUUGUCCACGGCGUUUGCUCGCCGCUGGUGGAUGGCAGUGACGGCCAUCAUUGAGAACCUGCUUUUCUCUGCUGUGCUGCUCGGCUGGGGCUCCCUUCUCAUUAUGCUCAAAUCUGAAGGCUUCUACUCCUAUCUGUGCACAGAACACAGUAACAGUUCUACUUUGAACAUCUCCAUAAAAGCGGUCGUUCCACCAGCAGCGGUUGAGGAAGACUACCAGUAUGAGGAGUUUCCACCUGGUGAUGGGGUAGAGAUAGUUCCUCUGAAGCCAGUGGAUGAGCCUCUGCAUUUGAAUGGAUGGCUGAUCUGUAAAGAACAGGAUGAGAUGCUAAACCUUGCCUUCACCGUGGGCUCAUUCCUCCUCAGUGCCAUCGCUCUUCCUCUUGGCAUCGUCAUGGACAAAUACGGGCCACGCAAACUCCGCCUGACCGGCAGUGCCUGCUUCGGCCUGUCCUGCCUGCUAAUCGCCUAUGGAGCCAGCAACCCCAAGGAACUUUCCGUACUCAUCUUUAUUGCGUUGAUUUUUAACGGCUUUGGAGGAAUGUGCAUGACCUUCACUUCCCUCACACUACCCAACAUGUUUGGCGACCUGCGUUCCACCUUUAUUUCACUCAUGAUUGGCUCCUAUGCAUCAUCAGCUGUCACUUUUCCUGGAGUUAAGGUGAUCUAUGACCUGGGAGUGAACUUCAUCACUAUCCUGGUAAUAUGGGCAGUGUGUGCUGGCCUCGUCUUCCUCAACUGUUUCCUCAACUGGCCUCUCGAAGCCUUCCCUGGUCCCGAAGACAUGGACUACACUGUGAAAAUCAAGUUUAGCUGGUUGGGUUUCGACCACAAGAUCACUGGAAAGGAAUUUUAUAAGCAGGUGACAACAGUGGGCAAACGAUUAAGCACAAACAACUCUCCCACGCAGAAGGAGCUGACCAACAGUGAAGGCCACAAGCUCUGCCUCUCCACCAUGGACCUAGAGGUCCAGUGUGAGCCUAAAGAGGAAUCUCAGUCCUUCAUGAAGUCCAUCUUCAGCCCUCUGUUCCUGCUCAGCUUGGUUACAAUGUGUGUCACUCAGCUUCGUCUCAUCUUCUACAUGGGAGCAAUGAAUAGCAUCUUGGAGUCUAUGAGCGAUGGAGACCUCGAUACAGUGAGUCUGUACACCUCUAUUUUCGGCGUGAUGCAACUGCUGUGCCUCUUGACCACUCCGGUCAUUGGUCAGAUCAUGGACUGGAAGUUGAAGGAAUGUGAAGAUGAGACUGACAUUAAAAAUGCUAUCAAAGAUCAGUCACAACCCAAGAGAAGGGACCGAAAAAUCCAAAAGAUUACUAAUGCCAUACGAGCUUUCGCCUUAACUAACACCAUCCUUGUUGGUUUUGGCAUCACCUGUCUUAUCCCUAACCUCCAACUGCAGAUGCUGUCUUUUGUUCUGCAUACCAUUGUCAGAGGUUUCAUCCACUCAGCUAUUGGAGGACUUUAUGCGGCGGUCUACCCAUCGUCUCAGUUCGGAACGCUGACGGGGAUGCAGUCUCUGAUUAGUGCCCUUUUUGCUCUGCUCCAGCAACCUCUUUUUAUGGCCAUGAUGGGACCACUGGAGGGAAAUCCACUAUGGGUGGAUGUGGGUCUCUUUGCCCUCAGCAUGCUUGGUUUCCUGUUGCCUCUGUACCUUCUGUGUUACCGGAAAAGCCUUCACAAAAAGAGAAAAGAGAAAGAAAACGAUGCCAAGAUCUACAUCAAAAUCAAUGGCAGUGACAAGACUGAGGCUUUUGUCUAGACCAAGGCAAGACUCAGAAACUGAAGCGAGGAUAUAUACAGAGACCGAGGAUGUGUGUCGUUUUUAUUAUGACACACAUUUACAUACACUCUUGCACAGAGGUUCAGUGAACUGAAAAUGCUGUCUGUAUCAUCGAUGUGAACGCUGAUGACAAAAAAAAAACAAUUUGAAAGACAUGUAAAGAAGUGGAAUUAGUGAAAAGUUGUGUGUUCAACUGUAUAUUUUUCUAUCGUUCCUGUGUCAGAUAUGUGGAGAAAAAAACCCCAUUUGCACAUUCAUGUUCUGCUGCCAAACUCUUGGUGCCUUACCAAUGCGCUUUGCAAGAAAACAGCAAUGAGAUUGGUAAUGAGAAUUCUAACUAAUGAGAAUUUUAUAUUUGUAUGAGUUAUUAAGGAUGCAUUAAACAAGCUGGUCCAUA